UUUAAAUAUAUUAUUUUAUAAAAUAUAACUUUAUGUUCAUACUCAUAGUUUGUGUUUAUAGAUGUCAGGACCAUACAAUAUUUUAUAAAGAUUGGAACAAGUUAAAGGUCUCAACAACAAUUUGUCGAACAGAAUAGAAAUUUUACAAACUUGAUCAAGUUGUCGAAAAUGGGUUUACAUUAUUGUAGGACUUCUACAUCCAAAAUCUUCUUCCAGAGGGGCGUUUAAAAAAUGUAUCUUCUUCCAGAGGGGCGUUUAAAAGCAAAUUUAUACUCUUUUUAUAAUAGGAAAAUGUUUCAUCUGUUGCUUUAUUUUCACCUUUAAAAAGCCUUAAGAAAAAGAAAACAUUUUUCAACCAGAAAAAGACAGGUGCGGAAAAUGUGCACAGUAUGAAACUGGUAAUUUAUCUUCAGAUGUAUUUAAAACUCAUCAAAAAAAAAGCUAAACCAAAAGUUGAGAUAAAGUUGGACAAAAAAAAUUCCAAAAAUAUAUUUUUUUCAAUAUAUAAUUUCAAAAUCUAAUGUUUUUAGCAUUUACCGCAAAACAAAACUGAUCGCCUAAAAUUUAUAACCAGGUGACAAAAGAUGUUCAUUGCUAUCUAAGGAACGAGAGCAAGGGACGAGUGCUGAAAAGUUUGCUCACUUCUUCAAAGAUUACCACAAACAAAUUCCUUCCCUCAAUGCUUAAAAAUUAGAAAAGAAAAAUAAUCAUUUACAGCAUUACAUCACAAUUGUACAAAUUUUUGAGAAAAAUGACACUAAAAUGCCCGUGGACUCCAUGCGUCCUACAAUUGAGUUGUAUAUAAAAAUAAUACAUAAAUAUAAGAAGGUAUGCGCGUAAAAAAAUGAAAGCUGUGUACAAUUGAAUAUUUUACUUUUGACAAAUUAAAAAAAUUUGCUAGUGUGUCAUUUUUAAAGAAUAAACACCCAGGGACUUAAGUUGAUGACCCCGUUGUGACAGAUACUAGAGACAUUAUGUAUCAAUCCGAUGAUAUAAUAAAAAAAAUAAAUUAAGAUUUCCUGAUAGGUGGGCUGUCCUACUAUAAAGAUUAAAUAAAAACGUAUUUCUAAAAUUUUUUGAAGAUCUUCCACCAUUGCAUACUAACCAGUGUUAUUAGUCCUUCGCUUUGGCCUUGGCUUUGAAACUGUUGGCCUUGGUCUUGAAAAUUUUGGCCUUGGCCUUAAGACAAAUACAUAUUUUUUAAUUGUUUUGUUGAGUUCUGAACAUAACCUUGGUCUAUUUUUACAAAAGGUGGUUUCAUUUUCACAGCACUUGCUACUUACAGUUUUGUGAAGAAGUGGCCUUAACGUAUUGCAAAAAUUGAAGUCUUAAGUCUUAAAAACCUUGCGUACGUCUUUGGUCUUGAAUCUUUUAAUCUUGGCUUUGAUCUCAAAAUUCUUGUCCUUGGCCUUAAAACUUUUGGCCUUUUCCUUCUAACUUGUGGCCUUGGCCUUCUAACUUGUGGCCUUGGCCUUGCUACUUUUGGCCUUGUUAACAACUCUGAUACCAACCAUAUUAAAACUAAACAGACAAAAUAAGAAGUAGUGAUGUGCCGGGUACCCGGUUCGGACCCGGAGACCCGGUAAUUCGGCAGUUUUACCGGGUACCCGGUAUCGGCCAUUUUGUUGCAGUACCCGGCACCGGGUAUCUUCAAAUUGAUUUUUCUUUAGUUAAACUUUAACCAUUAAACUUCUUGAUAUAAGUUUAAGAGUGUUAUGUAGUCGAUAACUACAAAGUUCUAUUAACUUAACACAAUCUCACUUAAAAUAUUUUUUAAUACACUUUUGCAAAAAAAAUUUAUACGGAUACAAAAACUGUAACGCUAAAUGAAAUAAUUCGAGAAUACGAAUAAAAAGAAUGGGAAACAAAGUUUUAGAAUAGCUUCUUUUUAUUCUGUUAGAACACAAGAUAAUUUUUAGCAAUUUAGUUUUGAAUGAAACGCUUAUAAUGCUUUCGAACGCUGAUAGACUUUUCAUUCGUAUCAAGCAAAAAUCAUAAAAGUAGAGAUAUAAGGUAAAUAUUAUACACAUUUUUUAUAUUUUAAUUUCGAGCGUAUUAUUAAAAAAAUUAUCGUUUCAUAUAAAAUAAACGAAAACUUUGAUAUCAAAACUAGUUUCAUUAUCUUUAUAGAAAUUUUAUUUGAAAGAAAAGUUAUGGCAAAAAAAAGUAUAGCGUGGAAGUUCUUUGAUAUAAGCACGACUCCUCAUAUGAGUAAGUGCAAACUAUGUGGUAGUUUAACUACGAGAGGAGGAAAAUCUUUCAAGUCUUAUGGAACUACAGCAAUGGUAAAACAUUUGCGUUUAAAGCAUUCCAAAGAGUUUGAACUUGCGGAAGAAAAAAAAAAGGUUCAAUCGUUGCCGUCUAUUUCUGAAGCCUCAGUUGCUUCUACCACCAAUACAGUACAAAGUAACAUUAUUCAGGCUUUACAAAAAAAAAACAGUGGAAUAUUGAUGACCACAGAUCUAUUCGAAUCCAUAAAAUAAUAGGAAAACUUAUCACAUUGGAUAUUCAGCCAUUUUCUAUUGUUGAAGAUACGGGGUUUAAUGAACUGAUUAAAGAUGCUUACCCCAAUUACAAAUUACCAUGUAGAACAUAUUUCAGCCAAAACGUAAUCCCUAGAUAGAUCUAACUAAAUUUUCCCAAGAAACUGCUGUUCUUCGAGUAAUUCAUUUUCCGGAAAAGCACACAGGUGUUCAUAUAAAAGAGUAUUUACAAAAAGGUUUAGAAACUUUUGAAAUCCCGUUAAGCAAAAUUCAUCUUAUUGUUACCGAUAAUGCAAGCAAUAUGAAGGCUGCAGUAAAAAACAGUGGAAUGUCAUCAAUUUCAUGCUUUAUCCAUACUUUGCAGCUAUGUAUUCAUGACUUUAUAUUUAGCCAAAAAAUCAUCAAGGAAAUUUUAACUUUAUGCAGAGGAAUAACGACACAUUUUAAUCAUUCACCAAUAGCAUGUGCAAAAUUAAAAUCAAUUCAGCAGCAGUUAAGUACUGUACCUCACAAAAUGAAACAAGAUGUUCCAACUCGCUGGAACAGUUCAUUUGAAAUGCUACAAAGAACGUUUGAACAAAAAGUUCCUUUGGCCACCUAUGCAGCAGAAUAUGAUGAAAUUAAACUUCGUACUAAUUAUCAAUGGGGAAUAGUCGAAAAACUUGUUCACAUUCUUGCUCCAUUUGAAAACUUAACAAAAAAAUGUGGUAGGAGGGACGAAACUUGCGCACAAAUUAUACCAUCUGUUCUUGCAUUAAAAGUUUUAUUACAAAAAGCUUCAUCAAGUGAUAUACACGCUGGGAUUAUGACGAUGAUUGAUGAACUAAUAAAAUCUGUUACUAAAAGACUUGAUAAAUUUUUGCUUAAUAAAAUGUUAUGUGUAUCAACAUUUUUGGAUCCACGAUAUAAAUUACUUUAUCAACAUGCAGAUGAAAAUGUUAUUAAGGAGUGGGUUGAAGAAGCAUGGAAAGAAAUGCAAGGAGCGCAAGAUGUUGUUGACUCUGACUCCGACAAUGCUCCAAUAGUAAAAGCUCCAGCAUCUAAUGGAUUCAUUAGCAUUGAUGAUUGUUUUAAAGAUGUAGCUUCUAUGAGAACCGGAAGAAAGCAAAGGGAAAGACGUUCCGAGGCAGAAAGAGAAUUAGUAGAUAUUGAAGUUGUUACCACUGACAUAAUUAAAAAGCAAACAAUAUUAAAGUCUGCAAUUACUCAAGAAAUAGACAACUACUUAUCUCUGCCUCUUUUAGAAAAUAAAAGUUCUCCGUUUUUGUGGUGGAGUAAAUGUGGAAUGCAAUUUGAAAAACUAAAAAAGAUGGCAUUAAAAUAUCUUACAGCACCUCCGUCAUCAAUAGAAAGUGAAAGGUUAUUUAGUGCUGGUGGGGACAUAUACGAAGCAACAAGGAGCAGACUAAAAGCAGAUAACGGAGAAUACCUAAUGUUUGUGCAUUACAAUCUAAAGUUAAUAAAACAAUUAAAAUAAGAUACAGCAAAUAAGUGUUGUUUAA